AUGAUGAAAUCAAGUGGACCAUUAUCAGCAAACCCAUCAUCAUCAUCGUCAUCAACAUCAACCAAUCUUGCCAAUACAUCAUCAUUGAGCUUAUUACCAGCAUUCUCAAUCAAAGAUAAACAAAUAGAGAAUGUAAAUCGUAUGCUCAACAUCAAAUCUAGUCAUGACACCAAGACUAAUUGGCAAGAAGUAUGGAAAGUACUUAUUUUUGAUAACUAUUGUUCAACCAUUAUUGCUCCUAUCCUAACAAAAGGUGCACUUAGAAGUCAAGGUGUAACUUUACAUUUACAAUUACAUACUGAUAGACAACCAAUUGUUGAUGUUCCAGCUAUUUAUUUUGUAUUACCAACAAUGGAUAAUAUUAAAAGAAUUGCAGAGGAUUGUAAAAAUAAGUUAUACGAUAGUUUCUAUAUCAAUUUUGCUACCAAAGUUUCAACUCCAGUUCUUGAAGAACUUGCAAAUCUAACAAUUCAAUAUGAUGCUGUUUCUUUUAUUUCAAAGGUCUAUGAUCAAUUCUUAAACUUUAUAUCAUUGGAAAAAGAUUUAUUUGUUUUAAAUAAUCCAAUGAAUUCUUAUUUAUCAUUUAAUGAUCCAAAUAUUCAAGAUAUUAAAGCAAAGGAAAAUGUUGAUACUAUUGUAGAUUCUUUAUUUUCUGUACUUGUAACAAUGUCUGUGAUACCAAUUAUUAGAUGCCCAAAAAAUACAGCAGCAGAAUUAAUAGCAAAUGAAUUGGAAAAGAGAAUUAGUCAACAUUUAUCAAAUACAUCGUCUGGUAAUUUAUUUUCUUCUGGUGAAGCUGGUAGUAUGCCAAGUUAUCAACGUCCAGUACUCAUUUUACUAGACCGUAAUAUAGAUCUUAGUGUCAUGUUGCAUCAUCCAUGGACCUAUCAAGCAUUGGCACAUGAUAUUCUAGACAUGACCCUUAACCGUGUAAAGGUUGACAAUGACUCUAGUGCUGCCGCUGCUGCAACUCCUGCAGCUGCACAAAAGAAAAAGUUGGUCUAUGAUAUGGACUCUGCUAUCGAUCUAUUUUGGCAAAACAAUAGUGGUGCUCCAUUUCCAAGUGUAGCAGGAGAAGUAAAAAACCAAAUUACAGAAUACACUGAACAAAUGAAACAAUUAGAUCAAAUGACAAAUGUUGAUGUUGAAGGUGAAUCUAGCAGUACUAGUCCUAAACCUGCUGCUACUGGAGGUAUUGGAGAUAUGGUAACACAAUUAAAGGAAAAGAAAAGAUUGGUAGAUUUACAUACAAACUUGGCAACCGAUUUGAUGAAAAAUAUUCGUGAUCGACAGAUUGAUUACUUUUUUGCCAUCGAGGAAGCAAUCAUUACCAGAUCACUUGUCGACAAGAAGGAACUCAUUUCACUCUUGACAUCACCAGUAGUAGGAGAACAAGGUGGACGUGGAACACUUGCCGAUAAGUUGCGUCUCUUGAUUAUCUACUUUUUGCUCACAAAGACGGUGCCAACCGGUGAAAUGGAGCAAUUCGAGGAGGCAUUGACCAAGAUGGGUGCCGAUCUGUCUCCAUUGGAGUUUUUCAAAAAGAACAAAGCUUUCAACGACACUAUGGUAUCGAUUGUUCAAAACCAACCUGCCCAACAAUCAUCUGCCUCUAUCAAGAGCGCAGCCUCGUUUAUGCAAAUGUUUUCUGGCAGUUCGACUGUCGAAUCGUUUACAAACUAUUUUUCACAGGGUAUGAGAUCGUUGCUACCCAAAUCCAAGGAUUUGUUUGUCACUCGUGUCGUUGAAUCGAUCAUGGACCUCAAAAACACACUCGACACUGACUAUGUCUAUCUUGAUCCAAAGAUUCAAAACAAAACCAAUGUUCCACGUCGCAACACUCCAUUCAAAGAGGCCAUCGUAUUUGUUGUCGGUGGUGGCAACUAUGUAGAAUAUCAAAAUCUCCAAGAUUGGGCUAAAAAACAAAACAAAAAAAUUAUCUAUGGUACCACUGAAUUAUUAACUUCAAAAGAAUUUAUUUAUCAAACAAAAGAAUUAAAUAAUUUAAAUAAAAAGUAA